UAGGCUGUCCCUGCAGCAGCAGCUACAGCUGCUGUCUGCUCCGGAGGAGCCCCAGUAGCACCACCGCCUGCUGCCUACUCGUUCAUUCAUUCAAGAAUCAUCGAGCUUUCCACAAACUUCGAUACUACAGCCUUCCUCCUCCGCUUGAUUUGCUACUCUUCUGCCAAUCGAUAGUACAGUACUAGCAAGACCUUGCUUGCUUUCCUCUGGGACUGGGAGAAGUACUCCACUAAUCGGUUGCAGGACGCAUCUUGAACCAGAUGCUACUUUGAUGAUGAUGAUGCGAGAUUUGUAGCCUGCUCUCACCAAGGUUUUAGCAGCCAGAAACCUUUCCUUAGAACAAGUAACCAGCGCGCGCAGACAAUCAGAUUCAGCUGCAUCUAGCAGUGAAGCAUAUAUAGUUUGUACCCAUAAUUUCCCAAUACAGCUCCAGAUACGACAGCUACUGGAUUGGAUCAAUGGGCAGGGGAAGAGGCAGAGGGAGGAAGAUCAUCCCAAACAGCAGGAGCCACCAAGACUACAAGGGGAGUGGCGACGAAGAGGCCGUACCUGCCAGGAAGAGGAGAGGGAGGCCCCAAAAGCAGAAAGUCGAUCCAGCACAAGUCAAGAAUUUGGUAGAGGGUGUCUUAAAUGGCAAUGCAGACUAUCAGCAAGGGGAAGGAGACGAUGCAAAGCUCGAGGAAAAUGGGAGCAAGAGGAACAGGGUGCCCAAAGAAGAGGGCUCUGACCAUCAUGACCUCGAAGAGAACAGCUCAAGCACCACCAGGUCUAGCAACGAUGAGUCAGCAACUAGGUCAAGUGCGGGGUUCCGGCUCAACGGGAGCCGCCGGAAGAGCACGCCGAGGCGGGCGGCGGAGGCGGGCCUGUAGUUAGCAGGUUCUUCGGUUAUUAUCAGUUAUAGACAGCUAGAUGCUCUUCAAUUUUGUCAACUUCAUUUAGCUUUCUUUCCUGUCAUUCUUAUAAUGUAAACAUU